AUGCAUGAAGGAAAAUUAGCAAUUAGAGCUGCGAAGAAGACAAAGAAGAAAUCUAUUGCAAAUAUAGAAAAAACUAAUCUUUUCAAGCAAAUUUCCAUUAGCAAUGGUGAAGAAACAACUAAAUUUUCCAGAUGCAAACAGAAGAAGAAAUCAAAUCAAAUUUGUAAAGGGAAGAGAAUGUCAAGUGAUACUACAGAGCAGAUGGAUAUUGUUUGUCCUCAGGCAAGGGGAAACCAAUGCAAAGAGGAAAUAAUUAUCGAGAUCCUAAGCAAGAUACCCGUGCGGUCUAUUCUUCGAUUCAAAUGUGUUUCAAAAUCUUGGAAGGAAUUAAUCUCAGACCAUUACUUUAAGAUGAAGCAUCUCGAUCAUGCCAAAAAUGACCAAAAUUCAAAUAAACUUCUUAUUAACAAAAAGUGCCUUGAUAAGGAUGAUGUGUUUAACAUAUAUUGUUCUACUUUAUCGUCAGUUCAAGUGGUUGAGGAUGAACACGAACUUGAUUGGCCUUCAAACUGCAAUCCAGAGGACUCCGUACUCUACUGUUCCUGUGAUGGAUUAGUUCUUCUCGCAAUUUAUAAUGGACUUGAUAGACACCUCUUGCUGUGGAACCCUUCCACAGGAGAAUCAAUAGUACUUCCCCAUCCGAAAUCUCGACCCAAGUAUUGUGUAUGUGGAAUGGGAUAUGACGCAACUAUUGAUGAGUAUAAGAUCCUUGCUAUUGACUUGCACGAAACAUGUCAGGAAAUAACCGUUGAAAUUCUCACGCUAAAAGGUGGAUCCUGGAAAGAAAUUUGUAAAUAUCCUCCUGGCAUUCACCGUGUGAUCGGUGUUAAGGAUUGUGGUAUGUAUUCUUUGGCAUUUGUACAUGGAGCAUUUCAUUGGGUUGGUUUAUCAUCACAUUGUUGUACAAUCGUUUCAUUUAACAUUUCAAACGAGAUGUACGGAGAGAUACCAUUGCUAGAGCAUAUGUGCAAUAUAAACAAAGCAAGGUUCAUAGAGUACGGCGUUUCAGUAUUGGGAGGAAUGCUUUGCUUUUGUUCUACAUAUUUUAAUCCAUGGGGAGGCAUGUUCAAGUUGUGGAUGAUGAAAGAAUAUGGUGUCAAAGAAUCAUGGACUGAAUUGCUUACGAUACAAGGUGAUUCAAUUUUUUUUUAUUCAGCAAAACCGAUUUAUAUGUAUGCGGAUGGUGAAGUGCUGCUACGCUGCAAUUAUUUUGGAGUUCUUGGUUCUGUCUAUAGGACAUCCAGAGAGCGAUUUGGAUUAUUGCCUCAAUGUCGUACAUUUAAGCAAGGAAUGGUCUACACACAGAGUUUGAUCUCUCCGAAAUCACUUAUAACAUUUGCAUAG